ACCUUCCUCCAGUUGGUCCAAUAAUAAACGAUUCUGGUAUACAGACCUGCAUUUGAGUUUCUGAUUAAAUUCUUUGGCAAUCGAACCCGAACUGAAUCAACAUUAGUUUUGGCCAAAUGUUUCGAUCGUGUAGAAGGUUGACGUUCGUUUUAAUCGCUUGCGUGCAAUUGCAAGUUGUGCAAAAUGAAAAAAUCGUGAAAUUACUUGAAAUCACCUGUGAGUGUGUGCAACCCACGUCUUUAAAUAUCACACUUUGCACUUUGAAGCAAAUGCCGCAUGACAUGGCGGAAGUGUCCGUGGCGGCAACACUCUUACAAAGACCUAUAAAUAAUGCGACGCUCUCAGCGCUAUUGAUCAAACGUGGUUACGAGGAUCGCGCACCCAUGGUAGAAUACACGAUUGAUGGCUGUGCCUUCUUUCGCAAUAAACGUCGAAAUUUUUUAGCGAUUUUCGCCUAUAAGGCUAUGGGUCUUGACAAGUAUAGCAAUAUGAAUCACAGCUGCCCUUACGAUCACGAUAUCCUGCUUGAUCGCUAUGCUUUCAAUGGUAAAGCAAUCGGAAAAAUAAUUCCAUUUGGCAAUGGUGAAUUUACUUUCGUCACCAAAUGGUUCGCUUACAAUGAUUUAAAGGCUAUUGUUAAAAUACGAUUUAUCGUUUUCGAUAGAUAAUUGUUGUGUUUUCUGGAAUUAAAUUUUAAAAAUAAUAAAAUACAAGAGGUAUAUACUUAAAA